CUCUCGGUUCCUUUCAAAGGUUGUAUGUGGUGGUGUCAUUGCAGGUGACUUGGCGGCUUGCCUGGGGCGCCGAGUGCCUCACUGGGUCUGUCAGUCACUAGCUCCUGACGCGGCACUCCCAUUGAAAGGCGCGGAGAUUGGAUGCAGCUCCUGAAUUGAUCUGGUCCUUCUCAUUCUGUCUUGUCUCUCAUUCCACCAUCUGGCUCCUCUGGGGAAGACGCUCAUUUCCAUCGGGUUCCCCUAUAUAUAAAAACCAAACAGCUCAGAAGCUGAGUACCAACAGCCCACACUCUCCUGCCAAUUUAGCGGAGAAUAGUGACUAUUCGAUCGUGGUGGGCAAAGGCUUCCCCAGUCCCGCGGAGUGUGUUUGCUGAGGACGGGCAGGUAGGCAGGGGCUGUUGCUGGCCUCGGGACCACCCCCCCACUCUUCUCCCUGUAUGUCUAGCGGAGGGCUCCUGGAGAUGAAAAGCCCCCGUGAGGAGGAUUUGUUCCCGUUCGCUCGGGAGCGGCUCGGGGAUGUCCCGGCUGAGCUGCUGUCCUUGCUCAGGCAGAGGGAAAAGGAAGUGCAGCUAGCGGCCGAGCUGGGCAAGGCUCUGCUCUCGGAGAACCAGGAGCUGAGAAAGGCGAACGAGCAAAUCCACCGGCAGUUCAGCCAGAAACUGGAGGAACUGGAACAGGAGAAAUACUCAUCACAUCUGAAACAUGAGGGGAGGAGGAGUGAAUGGGAGGCUCAAGUUGCAGAGCUGGAAAUUGAUCUACAACAGUUACAGCUAGAGCUCCAGAAACAGCAGCAAUAUCUACGUGAGGUUGAGAAGGUUAAAAUAGACAUGGAAUGUGAUCUAAGUGAACAAAACCAGAGGCUGGUGGAGCAACUAAACAAAGCAGCAGAAGUGGAGCAGACCCUCACCCAUGAGAUCAAAACAUUAAGGGAGAGGUUUAUGGGCAAAGAGUUUCUGGUGAAUGAGAAUGCAACAAGGACACAGAGCCUUCACGUUGAGCUAGAGCUGUUGGCUGAGCAGAAACAUAAUCUGGAGCAGCGAAUAGUCACAAUACAGAAGGAGAACUUGGCACUAAAGAGCAUCAUUGACUCCAUGCAAGAGGAAUUCUCACAGUUACAACAGAAGAACACGGAGCAGCUACUGCAGCUAACCCUGGCACAGGAGAAUGUCAGUCAAGUCCAGGACCUGAAUCGGCAGCUGCAGAACCAAGUGCAGGAGCUGAGUGAGCAGCUGAUGAUGCAGGAAUCUGCCGAUCACAAUGAUUCCCUUCUCUCUGAAAUUGAGCACAAUUUGGAGACCAAGGCUCAGACUUGGGAGGCCGAGAAAGAUCAGGUGAAGAAUGACAUUGUGAAAAUCCAUCAGCAGUUACUCACCUUGACUGGUGUGAAAUGCUGUGACAGUUUGACUGGAUGUCAGUUUCACUCUCUGCAAGCAGCCCUUUCACACCUGAAGGAUCAGGUCCAUAGCCUAAUACAUGGCCCAGCUGAACAGGUUCUCACAGAAGGCAGUCAGAAAGAAUUGGAGGAGAUGCUGAGGAGGGAACAGCAGCAAAACCAGCAGGAACAGGCAAUGAAAGAAGAGAAGCAGCAGAUAAUUGAGGAGCUUCAAAGACAGCUGGAGUCGCUAAGCACAGAUCUGGUGAAUCUCCGGAAGGAAAAUGAUAGUCUGCGGUGCAGCCUUGAGAAUGACUCUGGUCAUCGGCAUUUCCUGCAGGCAAUCCGUGAAAGGGACAUUGCGAUAACUAAAAAGAAUGCAGUGGAAGCAGAGCUGCUCAACUGUCAGAUGGAUAUGAAGUCAUUGAACUCCCAGCUUCUGGAGACCAUUCAACAGAAAGUGGGUCUGUCACAGGAGCUAGAAGCUUGGCAGGACGACAUGCAAUUUGUGAUAAGUCAGCAACUGAAAACCCAACAGAAGACGGAACAGGCCUUGAAUUCUUCCUCCCAAAAUCACAGCCAGUACGGGGAUUCCAAACAUCGCUACUCCUUUCUCCGCAGAAGUCAGAUUCCCGAAGGAAAAGGCUUCCUCUCAUUAUUUAAGAGGUGAGCAGUGGUUGCCUCAGACAUCUUUCCUCACUACAAUCUUCAUCAGCCUUUUCUGACCACUUAUAAACCACGUGGCUGAUCUGCUGGGAAAUUAUUCUACAGAGUGUAUCAAACCUCCAGAGAGACAGACUAUCUCCAAAAUUGUUAUAUAGAAAAUGCCACCGAAUUUUGGGUAUUGAUCAAGAAAAAGCCUCAAGCCAGGGAUGUGGACUGCUGGCUGCAGAAUUAUUUUGACAAAAAGAAAAUGAGAAAAAAAUCAAUUAAAAUUGUAAAAAGGAAAAGGUCGAGACUUCAAUGUUGCAAGAUUCUGCAGACAGCAUCUGCAGAUGUUGCAAAACAAAAAAAUAGAGGAGAUGGAUGGGUUGUCAAGACCUCAACAAAUAUAAAAGUGUUUAUUUUACGCGGUGUAACAUUAAAUCUACCGGCUUCAUGACAGGCUGCAUGAAGCUCAAGGUGCUCAAUACUUUUUUCCAUAACUGGUGAUUAAUGAAGGUUUCUUUAAAAGAAUAAAGAACUGGGAUUUCUAUUUUGUUUUGUAAUAGAAUACAAACUGCUGAUGAUGAACAGAAGUUCAAUCACUUUCUGUAAAGGGAAAAGACUGGUUCAGAGUUUAGGUCUUUCUCAGAAUCCCAAAAGUUAUGCUGGAAGGUUCAUACCCAAAAGAGUAACCUGUCUGGCUUCUUACAGGUAAUGGUAUUGUUAUGUAUUUUUAGCCUUUUCUGUAUUUUUAUUUCCAGUAUACAAAGUUUUUUUUUUUGUUUCUUUUUAUUUAAACUGUAAUAAUAUAUAAAAAAUAGCUUAUAGUUAUUUCACAGGUUCUCCAAUGGCUAGAUGGUGCCAUGUAAAGCUUGUUGAAUAAAUGUUAUUUAUUACUUCACAAUAA